ACCGGACGGUACUUUCCAAUACCGCCCUCACCUCAAUCCAAACACCUUACCUCCUCCCAUCAUCCUUCCCGUCUCUGCAACAACUCCCCCCCACACUUUCUUUCUCAACUACUCUCCUCUUCUGAAAAAGGUGGUUAGUUUGUGGUUGUGGCUGUGGUGGUUGCUUUAUCAGUGCCCUUUCUUCGCUUUUUGCAGAAAAGAUCAACCACGAAAAUCAAUUAGAGACGCUGCAGAGAAGAAAAGGACUGGAAAAUCCUUCCCAUCGUUCCCCGCCCUUCUGGUUUCGUCAGCACAGGCUGUCAAUCCUUUGUCUUCUCCAGCCUGCAAUUCACUAAGAUCGAUCUCUGCAUCAGCUCCGGCCUUGUCUGACGUUGCGGCCCUAUCUGACGACCACCCCAUCCUCUCUUAUCUCCACUCCUAAAUCGGAACCGGAGGUCACUUUGUCAUCGUACUCACUUUCGAUCCUCUUGGUCGCGGAAAGCUACAUAGACGACGACCGCGGAAAAGACUUGUUCCUUAUCCCACAGUAACGACGCCAGUUUCUGGUGGCCCCGCUCUUUGACAUCCCGAUCCACCCACUGCUUCCACGAGUAUUGUUUGUUGGCCAGCUGCCCCAGAGAAGGGUGGUUUAUUGAAAGAAAAUGGUAGACAGGGAUCCAGGUACACCUACCUGGAAGUUCACACAAUGCUUUGGUGACAAGGGCGACGUGGAAGAUAUCACAGAAGCGGAUAUCAUUUCUACUGUCGAGUUCGAUCAUACCGGAAAUUAUCUUGCUACAGGAGAUAAGGGUGGGAGAGUAGUAUUGUUUGAGCGGAAUGAGACGAAAAAAACAUGCGAGUAUAAAUUUCACACCGAGUUCCAGUCCCACGAGCCAGAAUUCGACUAUCUGAAAUCACUAGAGAUCGAGGAGAAGAUCAACAAGAUUAAGUGGUGCAGACGAUCAAACUCGUCUCAUUUUCUUCUCUCGACAAAUGACAAAACGAUAAAACUCUGGAAGGUGUUCGACAAGUCGCUGAAGGUCGUUGCAGAAAAUAACCUCUCGACUGAGCUUACGCCCGCAGGCGUUGGGGGUGGAGGGGCGCCUCGCGCCCCUCGUUUGUCUUUCAAGGAUCCAUCAAUGUUGAAGCUUCCGCGGAUGACGCACCAUGAUACCGUUGUGGCAGCCGUGCCUCGAAGGACAUAUGCAAAUGCACACGCAUACCACAUAAACAGCAUCUCCGUCAACAGCGACGGAGAAACUUUUAUUAGUAGUGAUGACCUCCGAAUCAAUUUGUGGAACCUUAAUAUUCAAGACCAGAGUUUCAACAUUGUCGAUAUCAAACCCGCAAACAUGGAGGAGCUGACGGAAGUGAUUACGGCUGCGGAGUUCCACCCGACCAGCUGCAAUUGGUUUAUGUACGCCAGCUCGAAAGGCACAAUCAAGCUUGCCGACAUGCGACAGCGGGCGCUGUGUGAUGAACACCAUAAACUUUUCGAACAGGAGGAGGAUGCCUCCUCCCGCUCAUUCUUCUCUGAAAUUAUUUCUUCGAUUUCCGACGUACGUUUUUCGCAUGAUGGUCGCUAUAUCGUGUCCAGGGACUACCUCACUGUUAAAAUCUGGGAUGUCAACAUGGAGCGCCAACCAGUGAAGACGAUUCCCAUCCACGAACAUUUGCGGCCACGCCUGUGUGACACUUAUGAGAAUGAUAGUAUCUUUGACAAGUUCGAAGUGGUCUUCUCAGGGGACGCAGAGAAUGUCAUGACUGGAAGUUACAACAACAACUUUAUGAUCUACCCUACCGAUCCUGCCAAGGAGACCGAGAUUGUGUUGCAGGCGGAUAAAUCGGCGUUCAAAGCAAAGAAGGUUGGCGUGCCAACGCCGAUGAACAAGGGUGCCAAUGGCAAGAAGGGAAAUACCCGAGCUGGAAGCCCUGGUGGUCCUGGCAGCCGGAUGAAGAAGGAGACCGACGCAGAUCAGAUCGACUUUAACAAGAAGAUCUUACACAUGAGCUGGCAUCCUUAUGAGGAUAGUAUUGCUAUUGCUGCUACUAACAACCUUUUUGUUUUCUCCGCAUUGUAAGUACGCUACGGGAUGGUUCAUAUUCAUAAGUGGACAGGAUGUCAAUUUCGGGCAAAUCAUGCAUGAAACAAACUAUAAAACAGAAAAGAGGAUACUAGCAGCAGCAUCCGCAGUACCAAAAUUUAAGUUGCCAGUUCAGGUUCAGAUUUUCCUUCUACCCUUUUCCACCCCUUUGUUGGAAUUUGGCCGUGCCUUCGCCGCCGGGAGCCAACCCAACCUAACCUAUUCUCUAACUCCCCACCGCUUUAACGCUCUGAUGAUGUGUCCGUUUCGUUCUUUUACUUUACAGUGGGACUUGGUGAUUUCUUGAUGGUUCAUUUGGGGGCGUUAUAAUGGGAUGUCAUAGAGAAAGACGUGGAGCCCCCAAAGGGCAUCCUUUCCGUUUCUUGCCCAGUUCUGUCUACCCUUUGAACAGUUAUGGGUGCAACACACCCAUUUAGUGACGAGGAGCAAGGGGCCCUGGCCCUAACCAUAUCGCCGAUCCGGCUAAUUCUGGUAUUGGCUACAGCUAGAGCAGGACAAUUUGAUGGUCUGGCUUGAAUUGGGUUCGGUGUCUAGAUACCUAGGGUUACCGAGUAGAUAAUGAAUCUAUGGGCUUUGAACUACUCUAUCCCUUUGGUCUACUUGUGGGUACGAUUGUCCAUCUCUAAGGCCAGGGCUGUUACUGUUAAAGAUCCUCCCGCGAUGCCAGAUC